AACCCUCUAAAGCCCUUUGUCUACCAGCAUUUCAAUGAUUAUCUGGCCGGACUCUUGUCUGAUGAGCACAUCGAGCAAGUAAUGGAUCAGACUUGUGACGAGUUCAUGAAGACCAAGGAUGAUCCGCAGCCCCACACGAGCAGUAUCUUUGAGGCAUCUUUCGUGCAGGACUUUUACUUCGAUGAAGAGCAGCACGCUCUAUUCCUUGAUCGCCCUGAAGGCAAGGGACGAUACGCAUUUGCUUUGUUCGUUGAUUUCUUCUCUGUGGAGGGAAAGAGCUUGCAUAGUGCUAAAGCAUCAUUGGGAAUAAUCGCUAUGGCUUGCUUGAACCUACCCCCCAAUAUUCGUUACAAGCCGGAGAAUAUGUACCUUGCUGGGAUCGUUCCAGAGCCUGAAGAGCCGAAGCUGGAGAAGCUCAAUCACUACAUGCGCCCUCUCGUCCCCAAUAUG